AUUGAAUGAUAGUGUGAAUAAAGAUCUGUUGUUGGCUAGAGUAGAGAAGUUAGGAGUUCAGGAGGAGGACCUGGAGUCCCCACAUGUACUACGCAAACUAGCGGUCAGUCUACGCAGGAUAAAACGAUGGCAGCCAGGAGAGAUGAGAUGGGAGACCAAACCUUCAGUCCCUGUACAACCAAUCUAAAAAUUAUAUUUGAGACUAAACCUUCAGUCCCUAUACAACCAAUCUAAAAAUUAUAUUUGAGACUAAAACUUCAGUUCCUGUACAACCAAUCUAAAAAUUAGAUUUUAGACUAAACCUUCAGUUCCUGUACAACCAAUCGAAAAAUUAUAUUUGAGACUAAAACUUCAGUUCCUGUACAACCAAUCUAAAAAUUAGAUUUUAGACUAAAACUUCAGUCCCUGUACAACCAAUCUAAAACUUAGAUUUUAGACUAAACCUUUAGUCCCUGUACAACCAAUCUAAAGAUGAUAUUUGAGAUUAAAUCUUUAGUCCCGGUUAAAACAAUUUAUGGAUGAGAUAUAGGACUGAAACUCCAGUCUCAUUUGAACCAAUUUAUGGAUGAGAUGUAGGACAGAAACUUCAGUCUCAGUUCUCCCAAUUUGAUAAGAUGUAAGAUUGAGCCAUUAGUUCCAGUUCUCCGAUACAUUAAACCCUGUUAUGUUUGUCUCCAUAGACUCUUGAUACUAUUAAUCUGUGAUAACACUCUUAAGGGAGUUAAACAUAUUUAUUUUUCAGAAGGUCGUCCAAUGAUAAGCAUGACGACAGACCUUGGUAUUGAAAUGUUCAGCAUUGGAAGCCACAUAGCUUGUAAAAUUUUUUCUAAUCAGGAAGUUGAAGGAGAGAUAAUUGCUUACGACCAGCAUAGAAAGGCUCUGAUCAUCAAGACGGAGUCCAUCAAUAGAUCCAAUCUUAAUAACCUUCAGAUCAUCAACCUCGACUUUGUUUCAGACGUCAAGGUAAAGAAAGAGUGUACUUCUACCAUCGCGCCCCCGCCUUCUCUCAACGUUCAACGAUUGGAGGAUCGAGCUGACGAGCAGAUAAGACUUAAACGUCAGCUCGUCGCUGCGCUCAAGGCCGGGGUAUCCCCUGACGGUCAGCGCCUCUUCACCGCUAUCAAGAAGACGAUUGAAGAAGUGUCCUGGCGGAACGAGGAUAUUAUUGUGAUGGAUAAAGUUUGUGUGAGCAAACCUUAUAAUCCUGACUGUGUCAAGCCAUUGAAUGAGAAGGUUGAGGAGAAAAAGGCUAUUGAGCAUGUUCGGAAGAUUGUGGAGAAGUAUAUUCAAGAUAAAGAGGAGAAACCGGCGUCAAGGGGAAACUGAUUCCUUGCCUUUUUCCAGUAUGUCAGAUAGAGAGAGAGUGAACAAAAAUUUUUACUUUUCAAACGUUUUGUUAGAUCUUGGUAUGAAAAUAAGAAUAAUUGAUAAAGCAUUUGUUUCAUUUCUCCACAAUCCACAGUUGGUAUUUGUCUGUGAUAUUGUAGGAUUUAUUACAGAUCUGUUCAAACACCUUUAACUUAUUUUAUGCGUAUUUAAGAGUCAACAAUGUAAUAAAAAUUCUUUUUUCUUA